AUGCAAGACAACGACCAGAUAGAAAGCUACAAGGCAUUUCUCUGCUCACCAUCACCACUUUCCUCACUCUCUACUCCCUCCUCAGUUCAUGCUGUCCAACCUGCAGAUAUCUCAGCGUUGUAUUCCCUGAGCACGUCGCUGUCUGGCAGGAGUUUGUUGCAAGAAGUGGAGGACCUGUCUUUAUCUCCGUCACAUCAGGCGUCGGACUGGAAGUUAGUGCUGCUGUUUGUCUCCACGGAUCACCUGAGCGCCUGCACACAACACGUUGAUUCUGAGGUCGGCGCCAUCACGCGGGAGGUGGAGGCGGCUCUCGGGAUUUUACAAGAACAGUUGCAUCACACUCUUGUUCAUGUUGUGGUGUGGCACUCAAGUCAACACAAGGACAACGCGAAACAACAAAAUGGUCGACUAUGUGAGGCCACGCUUGUGCAAAAGAUGCAGGAUUCUUUAGGUGGUGCGUUGGAACAUCCGAAGUGGCAGCAGUUGAACUUCAGCGCUCUGCUGCAGCCGCGACCUCUCAUCCUGGAGCACACCUCAGAGGACAUUUUGGCUGACGCAAGCAACCCGGCCGUGCAGCUGUGGACAAGCCUGCUUCAGGCCUCACGCAGUCCAUCACAGCUCAGCGCGUGUCCAACUCAAGAGCGACCUUAUUUGAGGACGCCGCUCAACUUGCUCGACAACAGACAGGAAGUGGAUAACCGCGGCGCUGCUUUGCAAACAGACCCGGUCAUGGGAAGUGAGAUACCUUGCACAGACCGUCGUCCAUCUCCAACAACACCAAAGUCAGUUCAUGACCUCCGACCCGCAGACAUCAAGGUGGUGGCAGCUGUGGGUGACUCUCUGACAGCAGGAAAUGGCGUUGGUGCGAAGUCUGACAAUCUUCUUCUGGUCAUCAACGAGUACAGAGGACUGUCAUGGAGCAUUGGUGGGGAUGAAAAUAUUACCACAGUCACCACUCUGCCAAACAUCCUAAAGGAGUUCAACCCUUCUCUGACGGGCUUCUCUCAAGGAAUAGGCAAGGCCGACUCUCCUGGAGCCUUCCUCAACCAGGCUGUAGCCGGGGCCACGAGUGGUGAUCUGGUGAAACAAGUGCGCGCCUUAGUGGCCAGGAUGAAAAAUGACGCGAGAAUUGAUUUCCACAACGACUGGAAAGUGAUCACCAUGUUCAUUGGCGGCAAUGACAUAUGUGACUUCUGCACGGACAGCGUGUUUUUCUCACCCAGGAAUGUGGCGGCCCGUAUCCGUCAAGCUCUGGAUAUACUCCACGAUGAAGUUCCACGUGCGCUGGUCAACCUGGUAGAGCUGUUGGACAUUAUACCGCUGCGUAAUCUGCAUAAAGAUAAUACUCUGGGCUGCCCCACCUGGUUUGUCAGAAUAGUUUGCCCCUGCGUACUGAAGCCAAAAGAUGGCUCGGUUGAACUCCAGAAGGUCAACGAGUACAGUAGAGCUUAUCAGCAUGCAAUGCGGGAGCUGGUGGACUCCGGGCGCUAUGACACACACGACAACUUCUCUGUAGUACUGCAGCCUUUCUACAGAGAAGUUUUCCUCCCUACUUUGCCGGACGGAAGGCCCGAUCGCUCCUACUUCACACCUGAUUGCUUUCACCUAAGCCAGAGAGCUCACACUCUGAUGGCGAGAGCUCUGUGGAACAACAUGCUGGAGCCGGUAGGAAACAAGACGUUCACGCAAGACUUCAUGGCCGGGAUUGAUUUAAAGUGUCCUUCUGAGGCUGCUCCAUUCUUCAGAACAGCUGCCAACAGCAACUACACUUUCCCAGGACCUACGCCGACUCCUCCUCCAGUGACCAAUUGGGGCAGCGACUUCUCUUGCCUCAACACGCAUCCAUCUGACCCUGUGCCCACGUCAGCUCACAGAGUGCGGCCAGCUGACAUCAAGGUGGCGGCCGCUUUGGGAGACUCGGUCACGGCCGGCUUUGGCGCGAAGGCAAAGAAUCUGCUCCAGCUUACAACGGAGUACCGAGGAGUGUCAUGGAGCAUUGGAGGAGAUCAAACCCUUGAGACUGUCACCACCUUAGCCAACAUCCUUAGGAAGUUUAAUCCCAACCUGAAAGGAGUAUCAAAGGGUCAAGGAAAGAGGAGGAGCGGCUUCAAUAUGUCUGUAGGGGGAGCCAAAGUGUCGGGAAUCCCAGCACAGGUCAGGCGCCUGAUUGACACGAUGAAAAACGACACUACUGUGGACUUUGCUAACGACUGGAAGCUGGUGACCCUGUUUAUUGGUGGCAAUGACCUGUGUCAGUACUGCAACGACCGGGCGUCCUUGUCACCUAAGAACUUCAGCUACCACUUGAUGAUGAGUUUGGAUAUGCUCUACAAAGAGGUUCCCAGGACCAUCGUCAACAUUCUGGAGAUUCUGCAGAUUGACGGCCUGCGUAGGGUGAAGAAGGAUAGCCUCGGGUGCAACGUGUUACAACAAUUGGGUUGUCCGUGCUUUAUGCUGCCCAGUGACGACUCUCUGGAGCUGCAUGAAGUCAAGAGGAUCAAUCGAGAAGUGCAGAUGGAGACGGAGAAUUUGGCCUCAAGCAGUCGCUAUGACAACAGGGAGGAUUUUGCCGUGGUGGUGCAGCCCUUUUUUAAAAACUCUAUCAUUCCUUUGAACGCUGAUGGCAGACCUGACGUCACCUACUUCUCUGUGGACUGUUUCCACUUCAGCGAGAGGGGGCACGCCGACAUGGCUGUGGCCAUGUGGAAUAAUAUGCUGGAGCCGGUGGGGAAAAAGCAGACGUAUAAUCUUUUCACAAACGCCAGAAAUAGAAUCAAGUGUCCCACAGAGGAGCAUCCUUACAUCUUCACAAAGGUCAACAGUUUGCCCAGUGUGGACACCAGCACCACAUCGCCACCAACUCACAGCACGCCCACCGCAGCCGCGCCACCAACUUGCCCCGAAGGUGUCCCGCUAUGGCUGGCUGCAGUGUUGGCUGUUUGCGGCCUCCUCCUGGGCUGGGGCCUCACCUGGCUGCUCUUCGCUUGCAAGGCCAAGAGGAGCAAGAUGAGGAUGAACGCGACAACAGUGGAGAUGAAGAGCGCCUUGUUUUAAAACAUGGAACAGUGGAGAUGAAGAACGCCUUGUUUUAAAACAUGGAACACCCCCCCCCACGAUGGGAAGUCACCUCUCCACACUACAAUCACAAUGAUCACCCUUUAAAAUGGCGCAUGAAUUUACUGUGGCUGUUUUUACUUGAUCUCAUGGAGAUAGUGCAGGUAUGCCGAGUCGUCAAAUUCAAGUACAAUA